GUGUGCCGCGAGUUUCAGCGGGGGAAUUGUGCGAGAGGGGAGACGGAUUGCCGCUUCGCUCACCCCAGCGACAGCCCGAUGAUUGACGCCACCGAUAACACAGUCACUGUUUGCAUGGACUACAUAAAGAGCCGCUGCUCCAGGGAGAAGUGCAAGUAUUUUCACCCGCCUGCACACUUGCAGGCCAAAAUCAAAUCCAGUCAGCAACAAGUCAGUCAGGCGGGCAGUGCUGCCUCGAACACAGCUGCAGCCAUGACUCAGUCGACUGCCAAAGCAAUGAAGCGACCCCUCGAGGCAACUGUAGACCUGGGCUUUCCUCAUAGUGUUUUGCAAACUCUACCAAAGAGACCCGCUCUUGAGAAGAGCAGCUGGGCGAGCUCUCUACUUACCCCAAAUUUAUUGCACUACCAACAAGCUUUGGCCAACACUCAUCUUCAGCAGCCCGCUGCAGGAUUUUAUCCCACAGGUUCUGUAUUUUGCAUGACUCCAGCAAACAAUGUUGUCCCCAUGAUGUACAGUGCUACGCCUGCUACUGUCUCUGCAGCAACUACUCCCGCCACAAGUGUCCCCUACGCAGCAACACCACCAGCCAAUCAGAUCAUCCUCAAGUAACCGUCAGAGGCCAGCGGGAUGUGGCUGCUGGUUAACGCCCUAAAGAUUGUUUGUAAAUACCCUGUUAAUUUCACACCCAGCAUACAAACAAGCUGCAUGUUGAUGUCAACACUAAGGAAAAGCCUGCUGGUAUUUAUGAUGAGAAGUCACCUCUACUGACAUCGCAGACAAACAGUGUUUGGAUCCCUAAGAUGAAACAAGUGGUAAAGUCAGGGACGAAGCUUUUGCUUGUGUUUGUCAUUUUAUAAAGAGCUCUUUUAGUAAAAAGCUCACAUAUAGAAAGAAACGUAUACGGUGGAUUUGCAAAAUCAUUACUCAAACCUAUCUGGAAAACUAUAAGAAAAGUCUUCAGUUAUGUACAUAUUUGAGGUGUAAAUGAAACAAACUUUUACUCAGCUGCAAAUCAAUCCCAGAUUGUGUUUUUUCUUCUUGAAUGUGCUAUUUAAUGUAAAAGAAAAAAGAAAAAAACAUCUCGUUUAUGAUUGUUUUACCUAGUGCCAGACUUAAAUAUUUUAAACAAACCAGUGAAAGCACUUAUUUAAACUUUAUAUUAUAAAAUGUAAUCUGCUAGCAGGUUUAUAGUCAUCCCUUUAAAAAGCUCUGAGGCGGCGCCUCGGCGCCUCGUCUCUGCAUGUCUGUCCCUGUAAUCCCCAUAGAGCUGGAUCAGGGCUCCACCUACUGGUGUGCCUUGGAACUGCGUAAACAGGUUGCCCACAGAAGUCUGUUUAAAUCCAUUUUAUACUCACUCUAAACUAUCACUUGAUUGUUCUCAUUUAUGGUUAAGACUCACUGGUGGAUCGGCAAGUCGUCACUAAAGGCAUGAACGAUGGCUCAUCAAAAAGGCUGUGGAAUUACUGUUUAAAGGUUUCGUGGUCCUGUAAGGGUUGUUGUGUGAGCUUAAUGUUACAGUCAGCAUUCAGUACUGUAUUUUUUUUAAUGUUACAAGUGCCUGAAAGAAUAGUAAAUGCAAAGACAUCUUAAGCAUAGUUUAAAGGCUUUUAUGUAAAAAACACUUAGUUAAACCUUCUUUAGUCACAGGUUUUUUUAAUGCCACAACAGUGCAUUAGUAAUUUGUAAUAGUUCUUUUCCGUCUAUGUGCAAAUCUGUGUGUUUCUGUACUCGGUAAAAUAGCUACAAAUUGGAUUUUAUGCUACUUUUCAUUCAACAUUUUGGACAAUAAAGUAGUCAAGGUAAAAAUGCUAUUUGUGGUGUGAGGAGCUGAACAUUUUGGGUAGUUUUUUGGUUUUGAUGUGGUUGAAGUUAUAUUAUGCAAGUAGUUCUCUGUGGAAAAUGACAGCAGACAGAAUGAGAUUGUCCAAAAGAAUGCUAACUUUGUCAUUCUGAUGUCUUCACUAAAGUGUAGUCUGUAUUUUGCGGUGUGAAACUACCAACUUUUUCUUUAAUCUUUUGACUAUUUUUUUUCAUUCUGUAUUUUCCUGAUGAUUUCUUUUAAGAUUAUAUAAGGAUAAGUACACUUAUUUUGCUAGUUUAGAUCACUUUGGACAUUUAUUCUUGUGUAUUUCAAUGAUAAAUGUAAUUUAUUAAUCGGAUUCCAGUUUUGUUCCUUAAAGGAUCUGUUGCUAAACACGUUUAUGUUUCCACAGAUUGAUUGUCGGAGAAAGAAAAAGACAAAGUCAUUUCAUUUUGUCACUGCCUUGUCAUGUAAAUCUUUGCAUGAGCAGCAUUUCUUGACGUGCUCAGAAAUGAACACUUAAAGACCACAUUCUAUACAAAAAAGGUUGUGCUUUUAUUAUGUCUUGAAUUUAUAGAUUGUAUUUGAGUGUAAAACCCCAAAAAUCACUUAUUAUUCAGAAAUGUUUCAAGUAUUUUAAGGUGAGAUGAUAGGAUGUGAUUUCAAAACAAAAGAUUUUUUUUUUGUGAAUAUUUUUAUUUUUUUUUAUUAGAAGAACGGUCUGACUCUGAGGUGAAAACCUUUUCAGCACUUUUGCAACAGUCACAUGACUGGACAUAUGCGCUUAUUAUUAUUUUUUUUGUGAAUUCUGCCUUAUCUUUUAUCUGUUGCUCAAUCGGUUUUGCUUUCACAGUUCAGAAUUGUUUUAGUGAAAUGUUUCAGCUUAACGUUUUAAGCCUAAAGCCAUGGUCACAGAUUGUAUUUCAAGUUCUACCCUGAAAGGCCUCAUCUCAGCUCCUUGGUUUGCUUUAAAGCUGCCAUGAAGGUGCCAUUGGGUUACAGGCUGAAAUAAAAUCCUAAUGUUUUUCAAGAAAAGUUGUGCAUAAUUAAAAAAUUUCAUAUGGACAGUUUUGGUCUGUACGUUCAAAAUUAUGUCAAAUCUGAUUUAUUGCAAAUAAAUUAUAUGUACCUGAAA